CGGAGCCGUCGCCAAUCGCCGGGCGGGGGCGGGGCGGGCUCUCUCCGUCACGUGGCGCGAAGCUUCCUUUCUCUGUGCGCCCCUCUUUCCUUCAUCGGCCGCCAUCUUGUGCGCACCGCGUGUCGGGCCGCCGAGGGGCCGCCGGGCUCAGACGCAACACUAUGAAUCAAGAAAAAUUAGCCAAGCUUCAAGCUCAGGUCCGAAUAGGAGGAAAGGGAACAGCUCGCAGAAAGAAGAAGGUGGUGCACAGAACGGCAACAGCUGAUGACAAAAAACUUCAGAGCUCCCUCAAAAAACUGGCAGUAAAUAACAUUGCUGGCAUUGAAGAGGUGAACAUGAUAAAAGAUGAUGGAACAGUUAUUCACUUCAACAACCCCAAGGUUCAGGCAUCCCUGUCUGCCAACACUUUUGCAAUUACUGGUCAUGCAGAGGCUAAACCGAUCACAGAAAUGCUUCCAGGCAUCUUAAGCCAGCUUGGUGCUGACAGCUUAACAAGUCUCAGGAAGUUAGCUGAGCAAUUCCCAAGACAAGUGUUGGACAGUAAAGCACCAAAAUCUGAAGAUAUUGAUGAAGAAGAUGAUGAUGUCCCAGAUCUCGUAGAAAAUUUUGAUGAAGCAUCAAAGAAUGAAGCUAACUAAAUCAUUAAUAGUUCUGGAAGCUGGCAUGGACUAGAUUUAAGAAAUCAGCUAUGUGGUUCCAAAGUUUUAAAGAAACAGAGAACAUCAUCUGUUAAUAGUUCAGUAAUAUAAAUAUUUUGUAUUUUUAUGAUGCUGUUUGUUCAGCAUUUUCUGUCAGUUGAUUUUGCAUUUUGCACUUACUCCCAAGAUCUACUCUUUUGGUCAAAAUGAAACGUCAGUGCAGUUUGAGGGGUGUGUGCAUGUGCGUGUGUGUAUGUGUGUGGGUGUACAUAUAGUGGAGAACAAAUUGGAGAACGCUUAUUUAACCUUUUCCCCUUUUAUUUUGGAAGUAGAAAUAAAAUGAAUCUUCAGCAUUGUUACUUUUGAUUAUCACAGAAUAGUGCACAGAAGGCAGUGAAGAUAAGUUCUGUCUGCAUUUUGUGACCUGAAGGCGUUACACCAUUAAAAUUGGAGUUUAAUUUGCUCUAACUAUUGUACUUUCAGAUGUUUCUCAUCCAUGUUGAAAUGCACAUGGUAUUUGUUACCAACCGUAUGUUGAUCCCAGAUGAUACUUUAGACGAGCUAUUUUACCAGCUUGUUUGGUACAGAAAUUUUUUUAAAAAGAAAACUCAGUCCCAGAAAAGUGUGACUUUUUUUUUUCUCAACUUUGUUUGACUCCUUCCACACAGACUUAGCUGUAUGUUCUCCUGUUGAUUGUGUAGAGUAUAUCAUGUCAAAAGGAAAACAGAUCCCUUAGUUUUCUACCAUCAGGUCACUUACAAAACUUGGAGGUCUAGUUGGUAAUAGUCCAGUGAACCAGUUUUGCACGGUAACAGAUUUUUGCUUGAAUAACUUCAAGCUGUUCUCUUGGCAUGACUGCAUUUACAAGCAGCUGAUGAUCCACUGUCACUAGAAAUUAAAUGCACCAUGUGAGCAAAGCUUAAGGUGGGAGGAAAGAGUUGUUGACAUUUUGCCUUGCCUCCUGCUGGGCAGUUUGUGCAAUGACUAGCUCUAAAGGGAUUUUUUUUUUGCCUGUAUUUUACCUUUGCCUAUAACCUACCUCUAGGUUCGGUGUCAUCUAUGUAGUAGCUUACUAAAAAACCCACAAAUGUUCCUCAAGCAUAAAGAGGACAUUGGGAGGUACCAUUGGUACAGUGCAGUAUUUAUGACCUUUAAAAUGCUUAAUGUGAACCUGUUUUCUCAGAGGCUCUUUCAAGGUUCUUGAUGUAAUGAGCAUUACAGUGUAGUUAGACAUCAUUGUAACCUGUGUCAAGGGCAGCUGUGGCUUAAAGCCAUUUUUUUCCUUCUACAUCUGUCACUUAACUAUGGCUUAAUUGGGACAUAUCAGCUUUUUAGGUAGGUUCAUAGGCUAAAAAACUGUAAGAGUACAAGCUAAACAAUACAUGAGUCCUGGUGACGACAUCAGAAAACCAUGAAAGCAGAGCUGUAGUGGUUUGUCAUCUGAACUCCUCAAUUUAUUUUAUAGGUCUUUGUUAAUUUCAUUGUUAUUUUAUAUACUGUGUGGAUCUUGCUACAGAAUAAAAUAGCAGUACAAAAGAGGAAACGUCCCCUCUUGUAUGUUGUUUCAUCCUCCCACCAGUAGUAGCUGAGGAACAACUGGUAGAUGCAGCUGCUGUUCUAAACAGUAGGGCCUCCUUGCUGACAGCUCCUGACAAAGAUACAUACAGGUUUAGGGAAGAUCCUGUUAGAGCUUUAGGAUUUCACACUCCCAUAUAUCCACUCUCCUAUUUUUCUCUGCAGUGUUGAAUGGAACUUUGUUCUGUUGUAUGGCUGACCUUGAAUCGGCUGCAGAUUCUUCAGUUUAUAAGGAAGAGAUUUCUUCAUUAACGUGUGCGCAGGCACACUGAAUUGCCUUUUGCUUCCUUUGCAAGCUCAAAGAGCAAAUGAAGGAUACUAGGAAACAGGUAUUUGCAGUGUUCUGUCAUUUGCUUAAGGGGCACGAGUGAAGAGCACUUCCAAGUAGCAACUGUAAUGAGUUUGUGGUAUGGGUUGUCCCCUCUCUCCCAAAUACUAAUCAGAUAAUGAAAAAUCAUGCUUGUUGGUUUCUGGUGUAGGAAGUAUGUUGAAAGUAACUUUGUGAGAGAUUAAGAGUAAGCAUUGGAUUUGGUAAACUUCUGUGUAGUUGAACUUCCUGAUUCUUACAAAAUAUUCAUUUAACCUUUGCUCUUGGUCGUCAUGAGAAUUUACAUGUUAAACUGUCAUUCUUUCAUAUGUUUGACAAGCAGUAAACUAACUAAAUAUGCUAGCUUAUGUAGUUACGUUAUCUUCAGUUUUUCACUGUAUCUGAAAACAGUCAACCACUUAUGAUUUGCUGCUGGAAAUACUAGAGCUUAUCAAUCAUUAAACUGAUUUUAAUUAAAAGUAACCCAUCAAGCCUCUUGUGGGAAAAGCUAUUUUUCUUCAUAUUUGUUUGUGGUAAACUCAGUGUUUGUACAUGCUGAUGGAAAUGCAGAGUAAUGAAGUGUAGUGAUGGGGGAGUGUUGCUACGGUAAAAACUCCCCACAGUAAGGUGGACAGGUGGUGCAUUAAAAUGUUCUUUGCUUCACUUCUGUAGUGAACUUGCUCACUACUUAAAUGCUGUUGACAUUAAAGAUGCUGACAAAGUUACUGACAUUGAUAAGGUUACUGACAUACUAAAGAUCUUGGCAAUAAUUUGGAAAUAGUAUUGGAAAGCAGAGUCUAGGUUGAAACUUCUCUUGGACUAUGUGAGAAAGCUGAAUUACAGAAGACUGAAAGAAUCAAGAACUUGGCAAGCUUUUAAGACUGCAAACACUGGUGUUCUACUGUAACUGCCGCUAGAUCUGUGUAUUUCCCUAGUUUAUGAAGAGGAAAUCUGGGACUGACUGGACUCAGGCAGAAGAGCAAGUCUGCAGAACACUUGUGCAUUUGCUCUCUGAAAAGAUGUGUGUGGAUGUUCAAUACAGUAGAACAAUUCAGUCAGUGGGGCUGGAGACUUGGUACUGAGUGCUGGGAAUCCUCAUGUAGUGCUUGGUGACAGAAUGAGUUUGCAGAAAAGCAGUGGUAGGGUGGAAGAAGAUAACAAUGCUUGAUAUACUACAGACUGGAGAAAUAGGGUUCAAGUAUAUUUUUCUUCAACUUCUGAAAACUUCUUAGACUUUAAGUUGUCUAGGAUUAAUUGAAGAGUGCAUAGAAAUGGUAAGGAUGAAAUUAGGACUGUUACUGAAAUAUGUUAAUUCACUGCUAUUUGUCAACUUUCCAUGGGAACUAGGAGUUCAUGAAAUCCCUUCUGCCACCAUCUUCACAAAUAAUGUCUUGGAUUCAAUAUGUACCAAGUGGGCACUGGUGGUUUUAAUAGUGAUUUGUUUACUGAGCAGUGUAUUGAUUGACCAGUGUAUUGCUUUUUACAGGAAAGAACCAAGGCAGUUACAAAGCAGCAUGGUAAACCUGUGCUUUAUGUGAAUGUUGAAUUCAUGCCUCUACUAAAGAGUCUCCCAGUGAGGAAUUCUCCUGUUUUUUCCCUGCAAUCAGCCCAUGCUGCUCCAGAUGGUAGGGACACAUGCAGGGGCUUAACAGGCCGUGCACUGUAAGUGAACUUGGGUGAUAGAAUUCUUACACUGGCCCUUAAGAUGAGCAUCAUUUUAUUAUUUGAAAACCAUAGUGUUUUGUUCAGCAAAGUGGCCAGAUUAUUCUGGAGAUCAAGAUUACACUGAUUGAAUGAUCCAUGUUUUAUAAUUGAGCAAAUGAAGUGAUGCGGAAACAGAAGCACAUCAUAACAGCCAUAGCAGCGUUAUGGAAGUGGUUGCAGAAGUACAGGGAAUGGGUUAUUCACAUUCAACUAUUUGCGUUCCCAUCAAGUAAAUUUUUUUCACUUUUUUUCCCCCCUUUUCAAAGACCAGUUUGCAGACACUGAAGAACUUCAUGGAUUUAUUCAGAAACAUGGGGGCUGCAGUGCCAGACAAGAAUUCAGUUAGCCAAGCAGAGCAAGUGAAGAGACUAAAGUCGGUCUUGCUGGUAUGUUUGGGUGGAAGCAUGGGUUCACAUCUAGAGCAGGGUUAUUGGGAACUGGGCUCUUAUUUUGGACUCUGGCACUGUAUAUUUGGCAAGAAGAAACAAACUCAGACAUCUUACAGUGCCUUGGUUUGCCUUCAUUUUGGGAGCACCGCUCUUCCUCAUACAAGUAUGUAGUAUGUAAAUUAAUAUAAAAUGGAGAUGGCUCUUCAGAAAAGAGCUAUGUGUAUACAGAUGUUACAAAAAGCUACUUCUACAUGGUAAACAUACUGUUUGUGGGGUUGUCAGUCCUAUUAAGUACCCUCUCACUAAACAACAGACCCACAGCUUGCUCAGGCACAAUUUUCUCUUUGCAAGCUGGUAUCUUCCAGGUUCUCAGAUAUUAGUGCUUCCUUGAACUCCCCAUUGUGGAUGAAUUUAAUAGCUGCUAAAUUUGUUGCAUCCUUGGAGUAAAAAGAGAUUACCUGCUCAUCUGAGGUUUUUGAAGAUGUUCAAUAAUUUUGAUAAGGUAUCAACAAAGGUAAAAGUUUAAAGAAAAAAAUGAGAAAAAAAAGGCCUUUGACUUUUCAGUGUAUGUCUAGCUAAAUAGGAGUUAGGUGACCUCUCACCCUUUCUUGCAACAUGCUUGCAGCAGCUAUAGUAACUGCUUAUUGUCAAAGAAGUAAUAUUAGAAAGUAUUUGAUGUAUUUUUAGAUGGUCUGAUGCAACUUAACAAAGAAGAGCCAGUGCCAUGUGACCAGCUUUCUCCAGAAACUGGGAAAUGUUGCACAAACUACAUUUUCAGGAAAUCAGAUCUGACUUUGAGGCCAUGUGAAGUUGGAAAUUUCCAAGCGAUGCAAAUUAUUGCCAGACAUAGGUAAGUGAAGGCUUAAAAUCUCAGCAGAUUGUCAGCACCUUUGUGCGCCAGGACUAAAGUUUCAUGGAAGGCCUGAAAGACCAGGCUUCCAAACAAGCAAGAGAGGCAGCCCUUGCCUUGCUUUACUUUCUCAAGCGCCAGCAGUAGUAGGUGAUCUGAGAGGUCACUUAGAUCAGCUUGGCUGGUUGUAAAUGACUUUUUGGUUAGUUUUCAAUAUUUUUUUUAGCUCAGCUAACUGUUAAGGCUGACCACGCAUUUGUGCAUGGUAGUACGUGUGUGGUAGCACGUGCCAAAAGCUUGGUCAUUCCUCAUCCUGACAGCUUGCUUUGGUUGGUUUAGCCAGCUUGUGAAGCUCCAUCCUGCACCUGGGUGGCAGUGUUUGAGCCUGUGGUCUCCUGCAGGGAGCAGCUGCCUGCAGAGGAAGCUGUCUGUACAGGGUCUGCUUUGGUCAUCUGUCUUGCCACCUGAUACAUGGCCAGCUUUAACUCUCUGUGAAAUGGUAACCUCACAUCUGCACUGAGUCCUUUUGUGUAGGCUUGGCAGAGACCAUCACACAAAUGGGCCUUGCACACUGAGCUAGCCUUUUUCCAUGCUGCUGCUGCUUGUUCUGCUUCUGAGGCUUCUCUUGGCGAGGCAGUAUUGGGGAGCUUGCUGCCAGGGUCAUACUGCAUUUGGGAAGAAGGGAAGGAUUUACCAUAUUGAUGCCUUGGGCAACCGAUCUGGUCAGAUUCCAUAACUUGCAGCUUAUUUUUAAACUUUUAAUUGUGAAACAGGAGGCUAGUACUGGCGAACUGGAGAUGUGUAGGCAGUGCCUGCAACAUGGGCUGAUAAGCUGAAUGCAGCACGUGGCUUCAGCAUGCUAUUACUGCAGCCAUCCUCUGACCCAGCCAUCCCCCUGCUCUGCAGCCACAGCACCCAAACUCAGCCUUCCCCUCGUGCCCAUUUUGCAUGACUCCUUACAAAGUGAAAAGUGAUUUUUCCGGGGCAAGCUGUUGGAGUUUCAAUUCAUGCUGCAGGUUCCUGUUCAUCGAAAACCUCAGACAGUAAAUAGCUUCCAAUGUGAACUUUCAGAAAGAAUUGCUAUCUCUGACGAGAUCUUGUUUCAAAAGGGGUUUCUAACACGUGGUCUUUAAUCAAAAAUAGCUGUAACUUGCUCACAGCAUUUUCACAGUCUCAAGGGAAUAAUGAUGCAACUAAAGUUUCUUCUCUGUUCAUUUUAAAGCAUUUGUUCUGUUUCUGGAGACUGAGUGACAGUUGUAAUUAGUAAUGGCUUGCAUUUUUGCAUGUUUCUGAAAGAAAACAAAUAGGGAUUAAAGUAAUUCUUACAAGGGAAGUAGCCCUUGUUAAAAGUCUUUGAGUCUCCCACAACCUGAUUUCCUCAUCUUGAGUGAAAGACCAGGAUUUCUCAGCAUCUGCUGCUGUACAUUUGAGUACUUGUCUUCUGUUUUGACACAAAAGAAAUGUCAGUUUUCUGAAAAAAUAGGGAAUGUAUUACAUAUUCUAACCUUUUCUGCGUCACUUUUCUCCCUGCCCUAUGGUUUCAGUGUUGUAAAUUAUUAACAUUGGAACACAGCAAUAUUAUAACCUUUAUCUUUUCUCCUGCCCUUUGAGUUGCAGAAUUGCUUUCAUUGGCAGUAUGCACUGAGAAAUCACAUUGGCCACUUCCAACUCUGAAAUUGUAGUAGUUUAUCCCAUUACAUGGUGAUUUUUCCAGCUCGGUUCUCCUGAAAACCUUGAAAUGGAUUUUCCAUUAAAAAAUAUUCCAUCUGUUCUUUUCUUUUAAAGCCUACAAGUCAAAUUUGAAGGGAUAAUCUAGCUAUUGUUUCUAGUAGUAUAUGUUCUACUGAUUAUGUUCUUAAAUUAUAGAAGAAUUUUUUAUAGCGCAGGCCUGGUCACUCAGAACUUGUGACUUCUGUGAGCAGGAUUGCUUGUUCUGUGGCAACAAGCAGAGAGGUAUGUCAUUGACAUCUUAACUGGCAGAAACUUUCCUGUGCACACUCUCUUUCUCGUUGUAAUCUGCAAAAUAGUCUGAAUUUGCAGUAAACUGCAAUAAGGCUUAGAUGUCUUACACCAGCGUUUUCUCAAUGGCUCACAAUCAUGUCAUCAAGAAUGUACAUAUCAAGUACAUCUUCCUUUGAAACUGCUUUGUCGUCUUCCUCUCGCUGUGGUUGCUGUGAGUAUUGCCUGAGAAGCAGCGGUUGAAUUUGGGCUGCCUGACAUCACAGGAUGUGUUAAAACUUUCAAACUGCUUGGGCCUUCUUAGUUCUUAAUUUCUUGGGACGAGCAGUAUUUGACAGGAAAGAGCAGAUGAACAAGUAGCCAUUCAGAACAAGACUUCACUUGCCUCAAAUAAACAUGAGACAUUCUUUUUGGUAUUAGUUUCUCUGAGCCAUUAAUUUGUGUUAGAUUUUUGUAUGAUAUGUGCCUUGAUUAAAUUUUUGCCCUUCUGUGUUAAUUUAGAUAAGCCAAGAUGUGAGAGGUGAUGAAAUAUCUUUAAUUAGUCUUAACCUUCUAAACAGUCACAUGGAAAAUAGCUGUUGGAAGUAUUCAUGCAUUGUUUUUAUUGUGCAGGUAGACAAGCUUUAACAGUUGUUACUACUGUAGUUAAGUAAUCAUGUUACAGCAAAAAUAUUUGUGAUUUUUAUGCUCAGAACAUCUCCCUAAUUUGGUAAAAGCUAAAAUAAAUGACAGAUUACAAAGUAUUUUUUUUCCUGCUCCACUCCUCCUCAAGCAGCUUCCUGAUGCAUUUACUGUUAAUUUACUAUGCAUUAUGCUGUUGAAAAAUACUGUUUAAUUCUAUAUCCUUGGACUUUUUUUUUUUUGUCAGAAAGAAUUUAUGGUCAAAAUAGAAUUGUGCCACAGUUACUUAUCCAGAUGACUCUUAUGCAAUAGAUCUCACAAGACCUUUCUUACAUUAGGGUAAACUUCUAUUCGAGGACCAAAUACUUUUAUUGGUACUACCACGCUUCUAGCUAAAAA